AUGCAUGUCGACUUCCCAGCGUAUGCACAGGAAGCGGCCGACCUGCGCGAACGCAUCGAGGUGGCCAGGACACGGCUGGAUGUGGUUUCGGCUUCGGUGGAACGCGCCGCAGAAAAACGGGGUAUUUUGCAACUUCUGGGUGAUGCUGACAAGAAGGUUCUGGAGGCCGAGAAGGCAGUGGAAGCUGCUGCGGAAUUGGCAGUUCCACUCCAGGAGCUCAUGGCCGGUGAGGACAAGAAGCCAGGCAAAUCAUCCGGUGAAAAGACGGCUGAUGAUGGCAAGGCAGAUGAUGGCAAGGCAGAGGAGCAGAAGACUGAAGCCGACGACGCCAAGGAAGAAGAGAAAGUGAAAGAGGAAGAGAUCAAAGCUGAAGAGGACGGAGAGGAGGCGGCGGCGUCGCCCCUGGAGGAAGCUCUUGCAGCGAUGAAUGCCACAGCGCAGGCGGCAAGCCGGCAGCUUAGCAAUGCCAAGACAACUCUGGCCGUGAAGCGAAUCUCGGCAAAGCGCUUGCCAGGAAACGCGCCAGCUGCGUGCCUGGAGCAGCUGGAUGCGCUUCAAAAGCGCUUGGAUGCGGCCAUGCGGCGAUUAGCUGAGGUCCGCAGAGGAAGCACUGACAGGCAGUAUGCCAAGGCAAGAAAGGCCAUGGCUCAAAGUAUCGAGCUGGCGGAAGCAAAGGUUGAAGCCUCGAAGGAAGCCUUUCAGGCCUUGAUGGACCUUCCUGAGGAUGCCGAGCCCCUGCAGAUGCAGUCCGUGCUCUCAAAAGCUGCCGCAGCACAGACAGAGGCCACGACGGCGAUCCAAGCUGCCCGCGUCCCUUUGGUCGAGCGGUUGCAGAAGGCCAAGGCCGACGGGGUGACCACAGACACCUCCGAGGUUCUGAAGGAGUUUCAGGAGAUGUUUGCGAAGCUCGCGCCCCUGCAGACCAAGCUGGACGAGCAGAGGAAAGAUGCCAACGACAAAGAGCACCGCUUCGUAGCGACUUGCCUGAUGCAGGAAGCAAGCGAGAUGUUCAAAGUGCUCGAUGCGAAGUUGGAGAAGCUCCACGAAGCUGCAACGAUGUUCACUGCCAGCGGUGGGCAGGAGUUGCAGGCACUGGUUCGCCUGGGCCACUUGCUAGAAGUGUUGCGACGGCAUGCAGCGGCAACUUCCAAGACUCCUUCGGCGCUGUUUGCAGAACUGGCCAAAGCUUCCGGCGAGAGCGACGGCUCCGACCGCCUCAUGCCGGUAGGAAUCGUGACGGCCCUGAAGUCUUUGCAGCCCGAGCUGCCGGACUUGUCGGACCUUCUCGGUACAGAGGAGGAGCAAGAGCUUCUCCCAGCAGCAGUUUCGCAGAUGGACGUGGAGGCCUCUGCAGAGGACUCCGGCAUCUCCACGGAGAAGUUCGAAGAGCAUAUGAAGCUCUCGUACCUCUGUGUGCAGGUCGUGACGAUGACAUCUGAACGAGAAGUCGGCAGCACGACAGUCCGGAAGCUCGAGGUGAACGAGGUCUUGGAGGCCCUGGGGGUUGCACGACGCGAGCCACAGAGUGGCCUGGUUCGCGUCGAGUGCAAGGCCAAGGACGAUGCCCAAGGUUUCGUAACCGUUGCUGGCUCCGGUGGCACUACUUACUUGGAGGUCUACACGCCCUUCAUGGCUUGUGUGAGGACGGCAGAAGAGGCCCUCGCAGACUCGUACGAGUCGGUGAGCCAAACCGUGGCCUAUCUCAAGCAGAAGCACGAUGAGCUGCGAAGUACCCGCGGCGCAGCUGCGCUGCAGGACUUGAAGGAGCAGCUCCAGAACCUGAGGGUGCGAGGAACCCGCGCGCAGGUUGCCCACAGCGAUGUGAAGAACAAGGUUGCCGAGGCCAAGAACAGGCACGAACGGCAGCUAGAGGCGCUCAAGAAGAAGCGGCAACAAUCGGAGGAGAAGAUAACUGCUGACACCAUCACAGGCGAGGCAUCCUCCAUGGUGGACGAUCUGAUCGCCAAGGUCACAGCAGCCUGUGAGGAAGCUACCAGCGUAUUGAGCAACUGUACGGGAACGGGUGCGAGCUCGGCCGGUUCGCUGCAGGCGUUAGAACAAGCGGAAAAAGAGCUGCAGUCGGCGGUCGAAGCAUGCCAGGAGGGCGAAGCCAAGAUCAUGAAAACCGUCAUGGAGGAGAUCCGGAAUGCCAGCAAGGGACCGCUGUUCGAUGCGAGGAAGGUCAUGUUCAGGCUGAAGGUGAAGCUCUCGCCUCUGCCAAACAACUGCAAAAAGCAUUUGCGGACCAUCGAGGAAAAGAAGAAGGAGGUCUUGGAGGAUGUGCCGCAGCCUCGGGAAACACGAUCAAAAUCCACCAUAUCAAAAUAUAUUUACGGGCUGCCGCCAGUGCCGCCGACCCCGAAAGCUGAGAGGUCACUAUCCAAGGAAGGCAGCAGGCGUUGA